AUGGCUUCACCACCACCUCCCAGCAAUGACAGCCCGGCUCCCGCCUCCCCGCCCAGCAGUAAGCCCGGAUCGCCCUUUGUUGAGCGCAGCAACCCAAUGGGCUCCGGAAAUGCCCAGACCGUGACCUCCAAGGACCCGAAGGCCGUUGCUCAGGCUGCCACCGACAUGAAGAACGUGGUCCGCCGAAAGCUGACUGGCUACGUUGGUUUCGCCAACCUGCCCAACCAGUGGCACCGCAAGAGUGUUCGCAAGGGAUUCAACUUCAAUGUUAUGGUUGUUGGUGAAUCUGGACUUGGAAAGUCUACUCUCGUAAACACUCUGUUCAACACCUCCCUCUACCCCCCGAAGGAGCGCACCGGCCCUAGCCACGACAUCAUUCCGAAGACUGUCGCUAUCCAGUCCAUCAGCGCUGAUAUCGAGGAGAAUGGCGUUCGUCUUCGCUUGACUGUUGUCGACACCCCCGGAUUCGGUGACUUCGUCAACAACGACGAUUCGUGGCGUUCAAUUGUGGAGAACGUUGAGCAGAGAUACGAUGCCUACCUCGAGGCUGAGAACAAAGUCAACCGUACAAACAUCAUCGACAACCGUAUCCACGCCUGUGUCUACUUCAUCCAGCCCACCGGCCACUCUCUGAAGCCCCUCGACAUUGAAGUUAUGCGCCGAUUGCACAACAAGGUCAACCUAAUCCCAGUGGUCGCCAAGGCCGAUACUUUGACCGACGACGAAAUCUCCAUGUUCAAGAAGAGGAUUCUUGCCGACAUUGAGCACCACUCGAUCCAGAUCUUCGAGGGUCCCCGUUAUGAACUUGACGACGAGGAGACCAUUGCAGAGAACCAGGAAAUCAUGUCCAAGGUUCCGUUCGCAGUUGUCGGUGCCAACUCUGAGGUUUCCACUUCCGAUGGGCGCAAGGCUCGUGGCCGUAGCUACCCUUGGGGUGUCAUCGAGGUCGACAACGAAGAGCACUGCGAUUUUGUCAAGCUGCGCCAGAUGCUUAUCCGCACCCACAUGGAAGAGCUCAAGGAGCACACCAACAACCAUCUGUACGAGAACUACCGCUCCGACAAGCUUACCCAGAUGGGUGUUGCCCAGGACCCAAGCGUGUUCAAGGAGGUCAACCCUGCUGUGAAGCAAGAAGAAGAGCGUGCCCUGCACGAACAGAAACUCGCCAAGAUGGAGGCAGAGAUGAAGAUGGUCUUCCAACAGAAGGUGGCAGAAAAGGAAAGCAAACUGAAACAAAGCGAAGACGAAUUAUAUGCUCGACAUCGCGAGAUGAAAGAGCAGCUGGAUCGCCAACGCGGCGAGUUAGAAGAAAAGAAAUCCCGCCUCGAAAGUGGAAGGCCGCUCGAAGAGAAGGGGAAGAGAAAGGGAUUCUCUCUUCGUUAA